AAGGCAGUUUAUCUGCUUCUUGAUGAACAUGUCUCUGGAGAAGUUGCUGAUUGUGUCAAUACAACCAGCUGUUGCUUGAGCUUUUUGCCAAUUCCCGCGCCUUCUUUCUGGCCCCGUAUACUCUGCAUAUUUUUUUUGAGGUCCCUUUGCCCCAGCAGGCUCACUUUGACGCGGUGUUAAGUCUGUCGCAGGAUGGACGCUGUGUACGAGACUCCACACACCGACAAGUCUGUACAGAACGGAGAUUAUGUGGCUGUUCGAUCCAAGACCCAUCCUCCUUUAAGUAUCCUGACAUCUACGGUCCUGUUUUGUGCGGAAAGUGUGGCUGCUGCAGUAGUAGCUGCGGAGUACAGCCGAACGGAAGAUGUGGUUUGGAUGUCUUUGACCAUUGUCUUCCUGCUGGUUCCUUCAGUCAUGGUGCAGCUUACGUUGACAUUCAUCCACCGGGACCUCGGGAGAGAUCGUCCCCUUAUUCUGUUUAUGCACCUAUUGCAACUUGGGCCGCUCGUCAGAUGUGUGGAAGCCUUAGUAGUUUACUUUCAGAUGGGUCGUGAGGAGGAGCCCUACGUGAGUAUCUCUCGGAAAAAACAUUUGCAUCGUUCAGGUAUAAUAGAAGAAGAAGAGCGUGAAGUGGGGCAUUCUUUGAGGAGGAUGGCUACUCAUCGCAAUGCCUUCAAACGUACAGCUGUUGUGCAGGCGUUCCUGGGUUCCACUCCACAGCUUACCCUCCAGUUGUAUGUCAGUGUGUUGGAGAGGUACAUUCCUCCAGCACGAGCUGUUCUUAUGGCCAUGUCUCUGGCCUCUACGACGUAUGGUGCUUCAGUCCUUAAUGUUUUAGCUAUCCAGAUAAAGUAUGAUGACUACAAGUUCCAUUUGAGUGUGCCAGCCAUUCUGUGCGUUUUGCUGUGGAGAUGCCUGGAGAUAGCCACCCGUGUCACUGUGCUAGUGCUUUUUUGCUCAGCCCUAAAAGCUUGGGUCACUGCUGUGGUACUGACCAAUUUAGUAGUGCUCUUCUUUAUGCCAUGGAUACGCUUCUGGAGAACUGGGGCACGUUUACCUGAAAACGUUGAAAAGAACUUUAGCUGGAUUGGCACGUUGACCGUACUGGGGACAGUAACCUUGCUCUAUUCGGCAAUCAAUAUGUUCUGCUGGUCUGCUGUUCAGCUCAAUUUAGCGGAAAGGGACCUUAUUGACCAGGCCCAAAAUUGGGGGAGAUUAAGUCUCCACUAUUCCCUACGGUUGAUGGAGAAUGCAGCCCUCAUCUUACUAUGGUACUUUUACAAAGAGGAUGGGUUUGAAUAUUUUUGCUCCCCUUUCCUGGUAGUACAACUUGUAGUGGGAUAUUUGACUGCCAUUGCCUUCAUGCUCCUCUUCUAUCAGUACUUUCACCCCUGUCGCUCGCUUUUCAGCCACAAUGUGUCCGAUUUCCUUAUGUGUGUUUGUUGCAGAAAGAACAGAGGAUUUAAAUAUGGAAAGAAUGGCAACAAGGAGAGUAUUGUGUAAGCACAAACGUAUCAUGUGAAAAAGUGCUACUUUUCCAACUCUGUACUCAUGGAUGCCCCCGCUGUAUUUGGUGCCUGAGUUUUGGAAUUGUGUUUGUUCACCACAUUGUGACAUGCACCGAUAUUUUGGAAAUAUAUUUCAGAAAGAUG